GCGAAACCCUCCUCUGAGGCAAUCAAGCCAAAGUGAAGGUUUAAGAAGGUCGCACUGUGACACUCCUAUGCUGGUUGUCGUUUUGGCUACAUCUUUGGCCUAGUUGAGGAACAGAAGAACGAGAGGGCACCGGGAACAUGCUGCUCUGCCUCAGACCAUCACCCCCAAAACGGUGAAGGUGCUGAGGAUGCACCUCUUGCUUCAACCCUUCUUGCUCUGCUUGUCUGACUGAACCUCCAGCGCCCGACUGCCCCGCAUUCUGCACCUGCCUGCAAAGUGACUCAACUUCAGCUUUUUGAAAGGAAAUUCAGCUUUCUGGAUCUGGAUUACUUGGGCUAGUGGGUCUUGAAGAGACUUGUGAUGGGUAACGCUGCUGGUGGAAUUGAGGCGAACCCCGAGAGGGAGAGCAGGGGCCUCUCGGAUGUGUCUGCCUCAGCCCCAUCACUGAGACAGCCCCCACCCCAAAAGAUUCCCAUGCCUCCCGAGGAGGAGCUGGAAGAACGCUUCAAUGCUGUGCUGAGCUCGAUGAACCUACCUCCCGACAAAGCUAAGCUUCUCGGCCAGUACGACAGUGAGAAGAAGUGGGAGCUGGUCUGUGAUCAGGAGCGGUUCCAAGUAAAGAAUCCACCCUCGGCCUACCUGACGAAGAUUAAGAGUUACUUGGAUCAAGGAUCUCGCAAUUUCAAAACCCGUGUCAAGGAGUCAACCCAAGUCUUGAGGGAGUUGGAGAUCUCUCUCCGCACAAAUCACAUCGGUUGGGCCCAAGAGUUUCUGAGUGAGGAAAACCGAGGUCUCGACGUCUUGGUGGACUAUUUGUCGUUCGCUCAGUGCUCCGUUACGCACGACAUGGAGAAUUUGGAUAAUGGCGGCAUGCAGGUGGACAAGGGUAAGACCUUGGAGAAAUCGAUCGAGGACCUCACAGGGCCGACCAGCCUUUCCCCCGGCAACAGCAUCUCCAAAGUUACCCGCGCCAUCACCGUCCGGUUGAGCGGCCACUCUCCCAGCAGGAAGGCGCUGAGGAACUCACGCAUCGUCAGCCAGAAGGACGACGUCCACCUCUGCAUCAUGUGCCUGCGCGCCAUCAUGAACUACCAGUCUGGUUUUAACCUGGUGAUGACCCACCCUCGCUGCGUCAACGAGAUCACGCUCAGCCUCAACAACAAAAACCUGAGGACUAAAGUGCUUGUGUUGGAGCUGCUGGCUGCUGUGUGUCUUGUGCGGGGGGGACAUGACAUCAUCAUCGCUGCCUUCGAUAACUUCAAAGAGGUCACUGGGGAGAAGAAUCGCUUUGAGAAGCUAAUGGAGUAUUUCUAUACUGAGGACAGUAACAUAGACUUUAUGGUGGCAUGCAUGCAGUUCAUCAACAUUGUGGUCCACUCGGUAGAGAACAUGAACUUUCGUGUGCAUCUGCAGUACGAGUUCACGCAACAUGGGCUAGACCAGUACCUGGAGAAACUGAAGGACACGGAGAGCGACAAGCUGCAAGUGCAGAUCCAAGCUUACCUGGACAAUGUGUUCGAUGUCGGUGCGCUGCUGGAGGACGCGGAGUCCAAGACGGGCUUUCUGGAACACAUGGAGACCAUGAGAGAUCACAAUGCUCAGCUGAUGGUCAGGCUAGAGGAGAGCGAGAAGGAGAGCAACGAGAAGAUGGCAGAACUGGAGAAGCAGCUGAUGCAGGCCACCAAAGAGAAUGAGAUUCUGAAGGAAAGCCUGCGUGACUCCUGCACGCAGGUCAGCACUCUGCAGCAGCGCGAGAGGGAGCGGGAGCUGAAGCAGGAGCGAGAGAGAGACAGGGAUCGACCCUCCCUGGUGCCAUCCGAGCUGGAGCUGAAGGUGCUGGAGCUGCAGGACCGAGGCCUGAUCCACAUGCGACGCUCCUCUUCUGGGGCCCUGGACAUCGAGGUGAUUCCUGUCACCAUUGUGGAGCAAGUGCUGGUACCUGCCAGUCAAACAGCUCCACCAGCCAGCUCCAUCCAGGACACACCCACUCCGCCUCCACCCAUUUCAGACCUGCCACCUGCACCACCUCCCCCUCCGCCACCCCCUCCCCUGCCGGGUGAACCAGAGUCCACUGGAACAGCCCUGCCUCCUGGUCCUCCUCCUCCACCUCCCCCUCCUCUGCCUGGAGGAGGUCCUCCUCCACCGCCACCACCCCCAGGAGGAGGACCUCCUCCGCCACCUCCUCCCCCUGGGUGCGGACCUCCACCUCCACCAGGGGGCCUACCUGGCGGAAGCGACACUUCUGGAGCGAAAGGCAAGAAACCGAUACAAACCAAGUACCGCAUGCCCCUGCUUAACUGGCAGGCCCUCAAGUCCAACCAGGUGACAGGAACGAUAUUCAACGAGCUGGAUGACGAGCACAUUCUCCAGGAACUGAACAUGGAUACCUUCGAGGAACAGUUUAGGACUAAAGCCCAGGGACCCCCAGCAGACCUGAACAAGAAGAAGAUCAAAGCAACCAAGAGUGUUCCAAGCAAAGUGUCCCUCAUCGAGACCAACCGGGCCAAGAAUCUGGCCAUCACCCUGCGCAAGGCCGGAAUGAGCGUGUCGGACAUCUGCACCGCCAUUGAGACAUAUGACCAGCAGUCGUUGAACCUGGACUUCUUAGAGCUGCUGGAACGCUUCAUCCCCACCGACUUCGAGAUGAAGCUAAUGCAGAACUACGAGAAAGAUGGCCGGCCGCUCGACGAGCUGUCCGACGAGGACCGCUUCAUGAUGCGCUACGGGAAGAUCUCACGCCUGCCCCAGAGGAUCAGCACGCUCACCUUUAUGGGCAACUUCCCUGAAAGCGUGAAGCGGAUUCAGCCGCAACAGAAUGCCGUCAUUUCGGCAUCGAUGUCCGUUAAAUCUUCGGCGAAGCUGAAAAAGAUCUUUGAGAUUGUCCUGGCCUUUGGGAACUACAUGAACAGCUGCAAACGCGGGGCAGCGUAUGGUUUCCGCCUGCAGAGCUUAGAUAUGCUGAUGGACGCAAAGUCGACAGACCGCAAGCAGACUCUGCUCCACUUCAUCGCCAACAUCGUCCAAGACAAGUACCCAGAGCUGAGCACCUUCCACACAGAGUUGCACUUUGUUGAGAAGGCCGCUCAAGUGGCCCUGGACAGCAUCCUUCAAGAGGUGCGGUCCUUGGAGAGGGGCAUGGAGAUGGCCCGCAAAGAGUUCAUGGUGCAGGAUGACAGCUUGGCGCUAAAAGAGUUCCUCAAGACAAACAGUGAGCUGCUUGACAGCCUGGUCAAAGACAGCAAGACAGCCCAGGAGUCGUACACAUCAGUGGUCGAGUACUUCGGAGAAAAUGUAAAGACUACACCGCCAUCCAUGUUCUUCCCCAUAUUCACCCGGUUCAUCAAGGCCUACAAGCAAGCGGAGCACGACGUCGAGCAGCGGCGGAAACAGGAAGCCAUGGCCAACGAAAACGCUGCAGAGGCGGCCCCCUCGCCCUCCAAGAAACCGCCUGCGGGAAAUAAGAUGCCGAUGAUGCCUAAGAUGCCCCAGCUGGACCUGAUAGCUGAGCUGAAGAAGAGGCAGGUGAAGCCGCAGGUGCGGGAGGGCAAAGAUGGCGCUAUCGAGGACAUCAUCACAGAUCUGAGAAACCAGCCCUACCGCCGGACGGAAGGAGGCUGGCGUAAUGCCAAAAAACCAAGCGACGCACAGUCCCAGGCCCCGGCGGAAGCGUCACAGUGACACACCUGCUUUCUGGACAUAUACGAUACACAGAGACACAUCAACACUGCCACCCAACAUUUGCUUUCCCACAUUAAUGCCGCCAUCAUUCUCCACACCACCUAGGCUUCAGAGCUCUUGGCUCCACAUGGCUAUGUGACUGCUGGAAGACCACAGUAUAUUUAACAGUCACAUUACCCUUUUUUGUAUUUGUUUGUAUGUUGUCUAUAUGUUUAUUGUUCCAUAACAGCUCCAUAAUCAAAUCCUCUUUUAUCUUUGUUGUAUGAUCUUUUUUAUCCCAUGUUGCUGGAAUUGCAGGCCAUUGCUAUUGUCCACAUGAACGUAGCUAAAUAAGGGAAAUUCUCCCAGACACCGUGCAUCCAAGACAUCCCUUCCCAAUUAAAAUUCUAUCUAAUCCAGACCUGGGACUGGAGCACUAAUCCCAGGAUGUAUCUCACAAAAGCGACAUUUGAUGCAAUGAAUGCAUCAUAAAAAUUCUUAUUAUUAUUAUUGUCUCAAACGGCCAUUCUUGACCUAUUUGACCUAUUCUGUACAUCUCACUUGCUUGCUUCAUCAACCUGUGCCACUCAGAGAGAAGUUGUCUGUAUAGAAGAAUCCACGUAAUAUUGACUAUUGUAGUUGGGUCCACCUUUGUAUUAUAAAAUGGUUAUAUUUUUGUUAUACGUAUAAAAAGUUUUGGGUUUUUUUUUUUCAAAAUUUAUUCUGAAACAUUUCUAAAUUAUGGAAGCUUUUUUAAAUGUAGAUGCGAUAAACUGUAUUCGUGUGAAAAUCGAAAGCCACACAGAACGUUUUAAACACCGAUCCCUGUUACUCCACCAGAGGGAGAAAUCUGGCCAAUAAAAAGUUGUAUUCCUCUUUGUGGUGAAUCCAUUGUAAAAAAAUAAACAAAACCUCACACAACCAA